CGCACCGAGCGCACCGUCGAGCUGAUGGCCCAGCCCCCGCGGCCGCCGCCUGCAGCCCUUGCUGCCCCCGCACCUGGAAACCUGGGCACCUGGCCAUGAGGCGCCCGGGCGGAUGGGCAGCGGGAGCAGGAGCCUGGCGGGAAAAGGAUGUUUUGCGAGCGUCUUCUGGAUGCCAAGGGGGCUUGGGGACGGAGGGCACAGUGGAUUCCAGUUGCCCCCGGCCAGCACACCCCCUGAUGCCCACCAUGGGAUUCUGAAGACGGACACUCCUGGGCUUCCACACCCUUGUACUUUGUGGAUGAUGGGUGAUGACAGACUGUCUGAACACCCCAAGCCCAUGGGACUUCUUAACAUCUGUUUAGAAGAUGACGUGCAGCACCCUCCAGGAGUGCACCCAAAGGGAACGCCCGAACCUUCCUGGGAACACACCUGGGCAUCUGCCCCCGCUGACCUCACAAGGCCAGGCGCCCCUCCCAGUGGCUCCAAUGCAGAGCCCAUGGACCUGGGGGCCAGCCCAUCCCUGGGGGACCCAAGGCAGAACCAAGGCACGUCCACGCAGGUGGUGUUCUGGGCAGGCAUCCUGCAGGCCCAGAUGUGUGUCCUGGACCUAGAAGAGGAGCUGGAGAAGACCGAGGGGCUCAGGGCUGGGCUGAGGUCCUGCCUCCCCAUGGCCCCUGCGGACUUGCCCCCCUUUUCCUGCAGCCAUGCGAGCCCUCGGGACUUGGGCCUGCUCCCCAGUCCACCUGUGGAGGAGGUCUCAGGGGAGGAUAGCAGUGGGCCUGACGGCGAGGACCAGGACCUGGUUUGGCCAGGCAAGGGCAUGCCGGGCUCCUCCCUGGAGUGGGGUGCUGAGGAGGAGAGUGUGUUCUUUGACAACCCCCUCUUCCUGGAAAGCCCCUGCUCAGACUCUGCUUCUGGGGCCCGCUUCUCCUGGGGGACCCCAGAUGCCUGUGCUGCCAUGGGGCUUGACAACCCACACACCCUUGAGCCUCCUGUCCUGGCCCCGGGAGAUGGGGCGCCAUGGGGGCUGGGCGAAGACCCGGAUGGCGGGGAAAGCAUUGCUGACUCCAGCGGGCACACCACCCCUCCAUUCUCUGUGCCCACCUAUAGAUCCCACUCCUGGGCCGUGGUGGACACCACUGACCAGGCUCCCACAGCACCGCCUGGGGACAGUGAGACUCCUCUGGCAGAUGGUCUUAACCCUGCAGUAUCCCAUGUGGACAAAGCAUCGAUCUGGGAAAAGGGACCUGUUGGAUCUAACCCUGACCCUGCCACCCAUCAUGUGCAACCUUGGCAGGCCCUGCCCAGUGCCGUGGGCUGGCACACAGAACAGGGUCCUUCCUGGCCCAAGGUGCCUCUCAUCUCCCAGGACAGAGGUGACAGACAUGCUGAGUGUCCCCAGGAGUCUGCUCCCUGCAUCUCAGCCCCUAGUCCCUGGGGGGGCCCAGCCCCUUCCCCAGAGUGUAGCAGCCCUGAGUCUGACAGCAGAGGCCCCGGCUCCAGGCCCAGCUCUGAGUCCUCCCCAGAAGGCAGCCCACGGCCCUGGGGCCAGCAGGCCAGCAGCAUUCUGCCCAAGUGGACACCAGAUGCUCCCUGCCCGUCCCUCCUGGAGAGAGGUGGGGCAGAGCCGAGUUCCCUGGAGAGAGCAGCUCCAGAGUCUGGGGGUGAUGUGAAGAGUGAGGGGGCCAGCCAGCCUGACGUGCACCGGACCUCCACGGAAGGUGGGAGUCUGAUGACACCGAUGGACUUUCCCAGGCUUCCUGAGAGCCCCAUGUCCCACGUGCAGCCCCCAGAGGAAGGCCAGAGGCCACAGGCUGGAGACAAGCUGGCUAAUGGCAUCGGGACCAACAAGCUGGCCUGGGACCUGGCCUCUCGCCUCUAUCGCCUAGAGGGCUUCCGGAAGUCGGAAGUGGCAGCCCACCUGCGGAAAAAUGAUGACCACAGCAGGGCUGUGGCUCAAGAGUACCUGUCCUUCUUCCAGUUUGGAGGUCAGAGCCUGGACCGUGCCCUCCGGGGCUUCCUCCAGGCCCUGGUGCUCAGUGGGGAGACCCAGGAGCGGGAGCGAGUCCUGUACCAGUUUUCCAGACGCUUCCACCACUGCAACCCUAGGCUCUUCUCCUCAGUAGACUCGGUCCACACCUUGACUUGCGCCAUCAUGCUCCUGAACACUGACCUGCACGGACAGAACAUUGGGAAGAGCAUGAGCUGCCAGGAAUUCAUCAGCAACCUGAAUGGCCUGCAGGAUGGUGGGAACUUCCCCAAGGAGCUGCUGAAGGGCCUGUACUGGUCUAUCCGAAGUGAGAAGCUGGAGUCCGCGGUGGAUGAAGAAGAUGCGGCCAGACCCGAGGAGGCCCAGCUGAGUACCCUGGCUGGCAAGAUGAGGAACCCCUUCCUCCAGCUGGCCCACGACUCCACAGUGCCCACGUACAAGCAGGGCAUUCUGGCUCGAAAGAUGCAUCAUGACGCAGAUGGCAAGAAGACGCCAUGGGGCAAGCGCGGCUGGAAGAUGUUCCACACCUUGCUUCGAGGGAUGGUCCUCUACUUCUUGAAGGGAGAGGACCAGGGCCUGGAGGGGCAGAUGGUGGACGAGCCCGUGGGGGUGCACCACUCACUGGCCACACCAGCCACCCACUACACCAAGAAGCCACACGUCUUCCAGCUGCGGACUGCCGACUGGCGUCUCUACCUCUUCCAGGCACCCACUGCGAAGGAGAUGAGUUCCUGGAUCGCACGCAUCAACUUGGCCGCGGCCACGCACUCAGCACCUCCCUUCCCCGCUGCUGUCGGCUCCCAGCGCAGAUUCGUGCGGCCGAUCCUACCCGCGGGCCCGACCCAGAGCUCCCUGGAGGAGCAGCAUCGAUCCCACGAGAACUGCCUGGAUGCCGCCUCCGAUGACCUGCUGGAUCUGCAAAGGAACUUCCCGGAGCGGCGGGGCCGCAGCCGCGAGCUAGAGGAGUACCGCCUGCGGAAAGAAUACCUGGAGCAUGAGAAAACUCGCUAUGAGAUGUAUGUGCAGCUGCUGGUGGCCCGUCUACAUUGCCCCUCGGAUGACCUGGACCUGUGGGAGGAGCAGCUAGGGAGGGAAACUGGAGGCAUGCAGGAACCCAAACCCAGCCUGAAGAAAUCCCACUCCAGCCCGUCCCUGCAGCAGGACGAGGCCCCCACCACAGCCAAGGUGAAGCGCAACAUCUCAGAGCGUCGGACCUACCGGAAGAUCAUCCCCAAGCGGAACCGCCAUCAGCUGUGAGGCAGUCACCGCACAGACUGGCUCUGCGCUGGUGCACACCUGGGAUGAACCCUGUGGGGAGCCCGUCAGGGGCCCAGGGUGAGGCGAGGCCCCUCCCUCCCUGCUGAAGGGCAGCUUCCUGCUCUGAGCUUUCCAGAUACUGCUGUGCCUGCGCCCUCCAUGGCAGGUCCUCGGCUGCCCCAGGCCCUGGACACUCCCGAGGUGGGAGGGAAGUCAAGGAUUUGGUUGCACUCCUGGAGUUUGCCCAUGUCACCCUCCACCCGUCUAGAAUCCAGAGUGGCCCUGGUUCCUGGGCCUGGGGGCAGCUCGGCACUUGUUUGAGACUCAGCAUAGUGGGCCCUGAGCUUCCAGGAGAGCCUGGGCAUCAGCGGCCACGAGGACGGUCUUGCUCUGGGAAUCAGGUGACCUUCUGGGCGAGGCCCUGGAAGACCACAGCCAGCCUCUUGUGGCUGAGGGAGCAGCGUCACUCAGGCUUCCCAUGGAGGGGACAGCUUUCUCGGCAGGACCCAGUGAGGCUGAGCUGGGACCUGGGCCUUUGUUUCCUCUUCUGAACUACCAUGGUCCCUGCGUGCCAGCAGCAAAUGGGAGAGGCCCUACCUCCCAUGCCCAAUUGCCAAUCAACAGAGCAGAGCCAAAAGCUGAAAGGUGGGGGCUCCAGAGCUCUGCAGGAAGCCCUAGAACAAGGGGCCUUUGUGUCCCCAGAGCCAGAAUGGAGAUUCAGACCCCUGGGGAGGCCCAGACCCCCUCCCACACACCCCAUCCCUUAAAGCUCCAUUCCUCAAGGCCACCAGGCCCCCUGGGGGCCCCUUCCCUCCUGCCCUCCCCAGGCGGGAAGUCCCCUUGAGCUGCCCUCUGGCUGCUCCCAACUGGGCGUACUGUGGAGGGGGAUGGCAUUCAGGACACUUGGAUCUGAGGCUGUGCCUGUGGGAAGGAGGCUGGACUGAGGAGCAGCCACCAUUGUUUCUGUUCACCCAAGUGUGCCUGCAGGCUGCCCGCCAAGUGGGGCCUCUCUGCUGCCCACCUGCCGCCUGCUGGCUGAUGCACUGCCUCUGCAGCUUUCCUGCCGGCCCUCCUCCCGUCCUUGCUUGUAACCAGCCCUGGGACCUGGAACUCCACCAAGAGGGUCUGGCCCUUGGGGGACGUGAGAGGUGUCUGACCAGGGACUGGGGCUGCGCAAUGCACCCAAUGGGUAUGUAAUAAAUACAGAGCCGUGAAAGAGGAAGUGUGCACGAGUGUGUGGGGAGGGGAGGAUCGGGCAGCUGGGGCCGCCUGCAGGGAGCAGGCUGCCUUCCCUGUGCCCUGCGGGCACACGUGUGUCUGCAUGUAUGUGUGUGUGUGUGUGUAUGCAUGUGUGUAGAGCACUGUUCGUGUGCAGGAGUGACACAGACUGUCAAAGCUGGAGGGGACCUCAGAAUCAUUUAUUCACCCACUCCUUCAUUGAGUUAUUUCACAAAUCUUGGCCACUUUUCAUGGGCCAGUAUUAGGGGACCCAAAAAUGAACGGAACAUGUCCCUGACACACCAGAGGUGACAGUGCUGCCCUCUGUUUCCCAGCUGUUGGCACACAGGCACACUCAUUUUGCUGGGACGGCAAGCUAAAGACAUGUUCCUACCUGUGCCCAGGGCUUUGGUCUGUGGUCUGGGUCCAGGGCAGGGCAUGCGCUCCUAGGGCCUCCUGGGUAGCUGUGUGUGCAGUUCACGUAACAGCCCAGCAGCAACCGACUGCACUACUGAGGUGGACGUGACUUGGCCCAGGACUGAUGCUUACCUCUCGGUGGCCUUGGGUGAGUUAUUGGCCCCCACUGGCCACGUAGCCUUAUUUGUAAAACUGGAAUAAAGCCAGAGGUUUGUGUGCAUGCGUGCAUGUGUAACACUCGA